ACGACUAAAAAAUUAUCUAAUAACGUUCAAGGCCGUGCCUAUUCCGGAAUGGUCUGCGUGAAAGGCGCUAAUGUGGGAAUUUCCGAGGCAGUACCUCCUGUGUACCGUGGAUUCACCACAAUAGCCCACGAAAUUGGGCAUUUGCUCGGGAGCGUGCACGAUGGAAGUGGUCCCUUGACAAAUGUCAAGAAUCAUCCUGGUGCUGUUGACUGCAAGUCCAAAGUCAAAUACAUUAUGGACUCUGGAGGGCCUCUCGGACCGCCUUUCGCGUUUUCGCAUUGUAGUGAGAAGGGGAUGCAAUUUGUUUUGAAGCUACGUGGAGAGAAAUGCUGGAAAACACAAUCCGACUAUGACUUUUUUAACAUCACCAAGCAGGUUGCGGACGGUUUCCUCACACCGGAGAGGUUUUGUCGAACCAUUCACCCGGAGGAAUACUAUUCGGCCGCGACAGUGGGUACCCCCCGGAGCCCUGGCUGAUGACUGCUGUGCCUGGGCGGCUAGCACUUGUCACACCGGCUGGGCAAUACAAUCAGG